AAAAAAAAACAACGGCAGUGCGUGAAUUAUAUGUUUUUAGUUGCGAGGAUACAGUUUAAUUCUAUUGCCUAAUCCACUUCUUUUCUCGUUCAUUGUUUUAAAUUCGGGAUACAUGGAAUGUAAAUAACAUCACAAAAGUUCCUCCCAAAAUCAUUUCACUCCAGAUGGAAAGCAAAUCCGAAAAAAAAGUGCACUAAAUCUAUCAAGCAUCGUGGCUUGUGGUGGUUGUCGUCGUCGUCGUACUGCAGCGGAGAAAACGGAAAAGUUGGCUAAUGAGAGUGCAAUUUGGCUAAGUUGCGAAGAACCGAAGUGCUGGUGGAAUAAGAUUAAGCGGUUAAAUGCAUAAUGCCAGAGACUAAUGGCAACAAAGGAAGUAUCAUCCAGCUGCUAAUGUGACUUGCAAGCUGUUGAAAGUGAGUGAUUUGAAGUUUUUCGUUGGUGGGCCAUCCAUUUGUCAGAGUGCAAAUUGUAAAUGAAUUGUGUGUUACAAGCCGAGCGGGGGUGUUUUUUUUUAAAUAAGUUUAUUUGUUAGGCUCAAAUGUCCAAGGACUCCACGGAGCCGAAAACCAGUGAAGAAAAAUGUUUAUGAGUCCUUUUUAGUCUUCCUGGGAGGUGACUUGAGCUUAGCUUCCAAAAGUAUCGAAGUUGCCAAGUGUUUAAGCGGAAAGGAUAUUACAUUUAAAUUUCUGGCGAUAAUCAAAAACAUACCCACCUACACAUGAAGUCUACAGGAGCUUUUUGUCCCGCCACAAUCGAUGUACCUAAGGUCAGCAGAUCCUGCUAGCUCGCAGCAUCUGCAUGCUACAAAGUUGCUCAAUUUAUUUCUGCAGUUAUUCAUGAAUGUAUUGAACGUGAGAUAAAAACAGAAUAUAGAAACGAGGUAAACCGAAUACAACUUCAAGUACCUAUGUGAUGUCGUAUGGGUGGUGGCAGUUUUAUCCGUCGACGAGGAAUAACAAAUGAAGGAACCGUAGUGACAUAUGUUCCCCUUCUUUUUUGUGUUGCUGUACGGAAGAAGACAUAAACGGCCAGCUGUCCGUCCGUUUUCGUCGUUGUGGGUGUUUAUCGUGUUGAGGCGAGUGUAAAUUCAAAACUUGAUACCUAGAGCACGGCAAACAGCAGAGAGUGUUACCAUCGGAAGAUAAAAAAAAUCUGGAAUGGGUCGUUGAAAAUAAUAAAGUGAACUGCAGUAAACGACAUUUUGAAUACACGCUUGCAGACGGGACACCACCGAGGGGCGCCAAUUCAUCUGGUUACAGGUGUACGCAAUCAAAGCUCCAUUGAUUCAAUAAAUAACACAUCAACCAUGCCGGUUCACUCCAACUGACAUCUUGGUUCACCGGUCAUCCGAGAGUUGGAGGUGGGCCAACGGCAACCGACAGCCACCUAGCAUGGACAACGACCAGCCCUGGUCAGAUUGGUGUUCGGGGAACUACUGGUCGACGGUACGCUAUCUGUUGUCCUGUGCCAACUACAACAACACCUGGACCUCCUACUGGGGGCCAGAUAUAGUCUGUGAUUACAAUAGCAUUGCUCUCUCCUCGGCCGAACCGAAUCCGGUGACGGACGUGGCAACUGCGGUACGAAACUCGUUCAAAGGUAAACCGCCGGACCCACCAUCGAUCGAUUCCGUUCUUCGCGUUGGCAUCCAAUGCUACCAAACCUUCAAAUGCAUUCUGAAAACGGUCACCCCCGGAAGUGACGGCGGUAAACAAUCCAACACGAGUGAUGUGCGGUGGACCGAUGCACUUUACGAGUGCAAUCCUUUGAUGACCACAGACGGGGCUGAAAACCUGUUGAAGGAAUGCAUCCCCGGCGGCUACAACACCACCAUCGUCGCCCGUAACAUAGUCCAACCGGUGUCGGAGUUGCUUCUCAAGUUGCCCAAGCUGUCGCUGGAAAUGAUAACCAGCAGGACCGAUUCCUCGUCCAACGAUACGAUGCUGCAGCACCCGUGUGGGGUGGACAUGGCCCGAAUCAGCUACCACCAUUACCAGCUUAUAUGCAACAACAGUGCCGGUCGGUUUACGUUCUACGAGAACGAUUCGUUCGACCUAUUCAACUCGUCCGCCGCUCAUCUCCUGGAACCAGUCCAGUGUUUGCUGAAUGUCGAAUACGAUAAUGUGAUAAACCAACUGUCGGGCAUGGUGAUUGCAAAUGCUACAAGCUCAGGGACGACGGUGGCCAGCUCGUUGAUGACAUUCAACACCCGGUACGAGUGGAGCUUCCUGUUUGUAAUAUUGUUUAUCUUCGCCGGUGGACUCGGUAACAUUUUGGUCUGCCUUGCCGUGGCACUGGAUCGGAAGCUGCAGAAUGUAACAAAUUACUUUCUCCUAUCGCUGGCCAUCGCCGAUCUGCUGGUGAGCCUAUUUGUGAUGCCGCUUGGAGCCAUUCCUGGUUUUCUGGGUUAUUGGCCAUUCGGUGUGACGUGGUGUAACAUUUACGUAACGUGCGAUGUGCUGGCCUGCUCGGCAAGCAUUUUACACAUGUGCUUCAUCAGUUUGGGACGCUAUCUGGGCAUCCGGAAUCCACUCGGCAGCCGGCAUCACUCAACCAAACGCUUAACUGGCAUCAAGAUAGUACUGGUGUGGCUGCUGGCGAUGCUAGUUUCGAGUUCGAUUACCGUUCUAGGUAUCAUCAACAAGAACAACAUCAUGCCCGGUCCCCAGGAGUGCGUUAUCAACAACCGAGCGUUCUUUGUGUUCGGCUCGCUGGUGGCCUUCUACAUCCCCAUGGUGAUGAUGGUCGUUACGUACGCUCUGACGGUACAGCUGCUGCGGAAAAAGGCCCGCUUCCUCGAGGAACAUCCGGAGGGAGAACUGUUUCGAAGACUAGGCGGCCGCUUGUCCAAGACGAAGCAAACAUCUACCGGAAACGGCGGAAGCGGAGGCAUUGGCACCCAAAGUGAUGACUUGGUUUGCUUGCCCUUGAAACACCCUCUGGAGAGGCGACAGAGCAAUAUCAACAACAACAGUAAACUGCUACCUUAUGGCGGGACAUCACCCUGGCGACUUCAUGGGCCCAGCUCCGACAGAAUCGGCACCAUUUCGGCGUCGACACAGGCGGUCCUAGCUGGAAGCUACAGCAACGGUGGCACCAAUCCAACUAGCAUCGUUUCUUCGCCGUCGUCACCGUCGUCCUUCGGCAACAGUGGUCGACCUGGAAUGGCCCGGAGAGCCCAUAACAACCACCAUCACCACCAUCACCAUAAUCAUUACCGUCGCCAUGACAUUGCAGGUCAGCUCGGCAGGGCUGGAGUGGGUGGUGGUGGCACCUGUGACCAGAGCACCCAAACGCCGGACAGCAUCGAGAGGGAGACCCGCCGGCAACGGUUCUGUUCCUUUCGGUUGCAUCUCAACAGUGUGCCAACGCCGAGCAUAAAUUUUAAUUUGAAGUUUCUAGCUAACAAAAAACGCACCAACCUUUCAGCGAAUGCCGUUGCCACCGAGCAGAAAGCUACCAAGGUCCUCGGGCUGGUGUUUUUCACGUUUGUAUUCUGCUGGGCUCCGUUCUUCAUCCUGAACAUCAUCUUCGCCGCCUGGCCAGAACUGGAAGUACCUGAGCGAAUCGUCAACAUCUGCCUCUGGUUGGGGUACGUUUCGUCAACGAUCAACCCAAUCAUCUACACCAUUUUCAACAAAACGUUCCGGGCGGCAUUCAUCCGUCUGUUACGAUGUCGUUGCGAAAGGUCCCGCCGACCUUCCCGGUACCGCUCGGUGACCGACAGCCGCGGAACGAUUAGCUUGUGUACGCCAUCGGCACUACCGUUGGCGAUUUCCUUGCAGGGAGCUCCCCUGCUGACGCCAACCAGCACUCAAGUGACACCGCUCAGUGACUUUCGUGGUACAUACGAAAUCACCGACGAUGAUUGUUAGAUAUUUUUUUUCUGCUGUACCUGGACGCAAUAUCCGUUGCACAAAACGGCCAUCCACAGGCGCCGCAUUUUUAGGGAAACCGAACGGAUCAUAGACAGACUUCAGAGCUUACGUCAAGGAACAAAGAGUUCACUAGUCAAGAGCCAAUCAACAUUUUCCACACACACACAGAAGCAAUGUAUACCAAAAGUAUUACAAGUUAGGAAUUCGAAUUUUAGGAGAAUAUCUAUAUCAAUGUUGCGGCGAUAGGACUACUGAGAUAAAAGAUCUGUUAUGAAAACUUUU